AUGAGUAGUCAAGCACCGGGGCUCAAGAGGCGCAUCGGAGAAGAUGCCGUGAAGACCUUCGAAGAUGGCCAAGAUGAUCUCGAAUUGGAAGAAGAUCCUGCUUUGACUGCCCUGGGUUACAUGCCAGGAAUUGCACAUUUCAACCUCAGUAUGCCAAAUUCAAAGAAUCCAACCCAUCAUGGAGAUGAUCUAGCGGAGGAGGUUGCGUCUGCUCUCAGUGUUCUCCCUCCCAGACAUCUGACAGGAGAUACUCUGAUACAAAACUUUUUCCGACAUGUCAACUUCUUCUACUAUAGCAUCUACCCGCCUCAGUUCCUAGAGCAAUACGCAGAGUGGUGGUCUCGGCGAUCCGCAGGACGGGCAGUUAAUCCCCUAUUGACUUGUUUAGUUCUGAGGAUUUGUUCAUGCUCGAUGCAGUACCUGGAGACUUCUUUGCGACGAGAGAUCGAGUCGGAAUUGGCGAUACAGAGUCAAGCACUUGCUGAACGAUAUAAUAAAGAAGCCGAACGUUUGAGUCGAUGCUUCAGUCCCGGCAAAGGCGGCUUGACGCAGAUACAACAAUUGUUUCUCACUGCAACCUGGUACAAGUCAGAGGCCAAGUUUGUCGAAGCAUGGCAUUCCCUUGGAGCAGCUAUUCGGGAAGCACAAGAAAUCGGUUUACACAGAGACAGCCUCGCAAAAGGCGUGUCUAGCUUUGAGCUGGAAAUGAGGAGGCGAACAUGGUGCCUCCUCUACAUGUGGGAUUGCUCUGCCAUUGCUACGCCGCAUGCUCGCCUCGAAGAACCUGAUGACACACUUGGACCACCCUCUCCAUUCGUACAAACCAAACUACUGUAUGAAAUCUGCUUGACAAUGUCUUCCAAAGAAGACCGAGAUCCACAGGACUCGAAGAACAUGCUCGCCGCUCUGGAAGAAGUGGACUGUUGGCAGAAGGCAUUUCCCAAACCUUUCAGCAUCACAGAACCAGACACGUCAUGGGAUAGGGAUUAUCCACAUCUACAGCUCCAGCGCGAACAUCUUCACACAAUGUGCUAUCGCUCUAAGUUGAGUAUUCUGAAGUCGAUUCUAACGGGUCAAGAGCCGCGGAAUUUGUUGCCGGAGAUGACAAGUUGCCUACGAGUGGCGGCGGUUGACACCUGCUUAAAGACGAUGGAGACUGGCACUCGACUCUUCGACCUGACGUUCCCAGCAGCAGCUAAAGCCCAUAUUGUCACGUGUACAAUUUUCGACACCGCUGCUGUUAUGUGCGCCGCGAUCAUCCAUGACAGACACGAGGCCCUUCCGCGGCGUCCGGAGAUGCUCGACUCAAUCUACUCGGCGCUUAAUAUGCUGAAGCAACUCCGCGGCUUAACUAAGACUGGAGCAGUUUGCUACGGCAUCCUGUCUCGUUUGACAUACUCCUUGCCCAUGCCAAUUGAUGGAGGCAGACCGCCAUCUAAAAGCUCUCGCAGCGAAGUGGGACCGAAAGCACCGUCGCUCACAAGAGGAGCGAGCUCUAGCUCUCAAGCGGAAAGUGACCGUUCGCUGCCGGCCUCGGACUUGGAACCAGCCGAGAAACAACCCACGGCGCAAAGUAUUGUGGCCGAACCCAACAACGAUCCAGCCGAUGCCAUUUUUGACGAAUUUAUUUCCUUUCCGACGAACAGUGACUUCGAAAAUCCUAACUUUGGCGGGCUCGAGGAAGUAUGGGACUUGCAGACGUUGAAUCUGGUUGCCUCAGGGCCAGCAGACGCACCGGCUCUCUUCCAACCUCUUUUCGACUGA